CGAUCGUGUUCUGAGUGAGUGUUUGGCAACCGAGGUCCACUUCAAAAGCCAUUGUCAAGGAGACGACCAGAGAGGAAGUCAGACGACCAGCCAUCAUGAUGAUCAGAUAUGGAGGCUGAAAGAGUAGAGGAGAGAAAGAUAAGUCCUCCUAGAAACCAUGCUGAGAGUCAUGUUUCCAGAAGAGACACAAGUCCAGUGCUGCUGAGCUGAUGUUCCUCAUCUGCUGCAUCUCUGCAGCACAGGCCUGUCUGCAGUGUGACAGCCGCAUCAGGAAUCUCCACCAGGACUACAUCCUGUCCUUUUCCAGCGUACUGGACCAGAUCAUUGUGACAGAGUACCGGGAUCACGCCUAUACUCUUUACCAGCAGGAGAGCUUAAAAGGAAACGGAGUAGUUGAUUCCACCACUUUAUAUAAUGCAGUAGCUGAGUAUCAGAACUAUCUGACCAACGAAAUUGAAAGAAAUAAACCACCAGUUGUUUCAAAUGCCCACUACAUCAUGGACCGUGGUAGAAGCAUCCUGCAGAAGCACCUGCAAGAAUCCCUCAGUAACAAUUUGUGCCCCAACACGUGUGGAAUUUUGCACCAAAGAGUGAAGAACUGCAUCACGUGCAAAUUUGAGACCUACGUGUGCCCGUCCCACCAGCAGGAUUGUGGUGAGUUCUGGUUGGAGGCUGAAGAGGGAGAAGCAGUCGUGCUGAACUGUUUCCAAAACUGGCACUUGCUCCUGAUUAUGAGUACAGAGUACCACUACUCUUGGGCCCCUGGUGCACCAGGAACCAAAAAGAUGAAUGACAGUGACCUCCAAGGUUUGGUUGUGACAGAUGAGUCUUCUGUGGUGUUGAAUCAGCUGAACAUUGAAGAGCAAGGCACAUAUCGCUGCACGCUGCAGGAUUACAGUGGAAACAUCUACUAUCGAGUCACCUUCUAUGUCAAUGUCACCGCUGCUCCGGAGUCAACUGUCCAUCCUUUCAUUCAUCUGCCCGAGUGGGUCCAAGAAGACAGAUCCCCGUUUUCCAAACAGCUGGUGUCAGUCCUCUACGUGAUUGUGGUUCUCAGCCUGAUCUCAAGUUUCAUCCUCAUCUCCAUCAUUAGGCACAGAGUGGGCGGCAGAUUGAUGAUGAAGGGAAACAAAGAUGAAAACUUUCAGAGGAGGUGGGGAGAUGAGGUUGCACUCCCGCUGUGAGGAGCAUCACUGUGCUUGUGAGGGGACAUCAGCGACACCAUGUGGUAGCAGCACGCCGGCACACCUGAGCCGACCCCACCCACUACAAUAAAGAUCUAC